AAAUCUUGAGAAAUACCACUAUUACGUUUCCCCUCUUCUUUUGACGAUGAAAUAAUUUCGUUCCCAAACUUUUGACAUAUCAGAGAGUAAAGUGUUAGGGUUUUUCUUCCUUCUCCCUUUACUCGCCCUUUUCCCUCCUUUCUUCUUCGCGCCGGACUCACCCCUCUCCAAUCGCACCACCAUCACUCACGCCGCUCUUCACCUUCACGUCACGGUGGUAACCACCCCAGAACUCAGAGUGGUUUAGCAUAACAGACAGCGAAAUGGGAACAAAGGCAAAGAAAGCUAUGAAGAAGAACAUGAAAAUGGCUUCCUCUAAACAGCCAUCCCAGGGUGCUGAUUUUUUGCCCUUGGAAGGUGGUCCUGCUCGCCAGAUCGCCGAACAGAAGCCGCUGGAGAAUACUUCCACGGUAUUGCACGUGUCCAGGAUUCCGCAUGGAUUCUAUGAGAAAGAGAUGGAAGGUUAUUUUGGGCAAUUUGGAACCAUCAAGAGGUUGAGAGUCGCGAGAAAUAAAAAGACAGGAAAAUCAAGACAUUUUGGGUACAUAGAAUUUGAAUCUCCUGAGGUAGCGAAAAUUGUAGCUGAUACUAUGCACAAUUAUCUCCUUUUUGAGCACCUUCUCCAAGUUCAUGUUGUACCUCCAGAGCAUGUUCAUUCAAGAUUAUGGAGAGGAUUCAGUUAUCGUCACAAGCCAUUGGAUUAUGUCCAAAUUGAACGGAAGCGUCAUGACAAGGAAAGAACCUUAGAAGAGCACAAAAAAUUGGUGGAGAGGAUUCUAAAACAUGACCAAAAACGACGGAAAAGGAUAGAGGCUGCUGGCAUUGAUUUCGAAUGCCCUGAGAUCGUGAGACUUUUGCUUUUAUCAUUCUGUGGUUGUUCGUUUGUUUUCACAAAUAUAGAAUUUUGUGCAUCUUGAGAUUUGCUCUCAUUUUACAUAUAUAAUUGCUCAUGCAGAUGGGUAACAUCCAGCCUGCUCCAAAGAAAAUAAAGUUUGAUGACUGAGUUGGUAAUCCGACUCAUCUUAAAAAAAUGUUUUUGCUGUAUACCCUGAGAAUAUAGUGCUGAGCUACCAUGGUCACGAGUGUUCACAACUGUAGAGUCUCCUGGUUUAGGAUUUGUAGUAUUAUUAUUUUUUGCUGUUUUGGAACUUAACUCUGAAACCUUGUAUCCCUCAAAUGUUUACUGGAAGCAUGGUCCAUUUUAUAUAUUCAUCAACUUUUAAAGCAGUUGAUCACCUUCAA